AUGGCAACCAUGAAGAUCGAAUUCUUAUUGCUAUUGCUUGCAUUCACAAACAAAAGCUUCUCAAAUGCUUUCGCACCACAGUAUGAAAAGUACAAUGCUGUGGGCUGCCCAAUGGUUGGCGGGCGUGGAUGGGACAACGGGGAUUAUCUGAGUGGUCUAGGCGGCGAUGAGGGGGAUCGUAAGAAGGUCGAUGAGGACUAUAAAGAAUUCCAUGAGAGAAGAAACGCUUUCCAAGAGCGUCAAAGAGAAUACCUUGAUAAAUCACCCCAAGCUCGGGCGUUUUUGGAGCAGCAGCAAGCACAACCAAUGGGAAAUCGUGAUGACCUCGACGAGGAGGACAAUGACCCUUUUGACGAAUUCAGCAACCUUCAGGUUGGCUCUGGAGGUGGAUCUAGGAUGGCCCACAUGAUGGCAAAGGCAAAGCGUAUGCAAGAACCGCAAAAAAGCAACCCAAUGUUUCAGCAGAAGCUUGCUGUACCUCUGUACGACUGUGAUGACUCUGAUCCAGCGCCAUCUGAAGACGAUGAAGAUGGGAAUUGA